GACUUCUUCGCCAGGCGCCGCGUGAAGCCGCUGACGCAGCGGCACUGCGCCCGGGCUGCCGCCGAGGUGCUGCGCUUCGGGGACAAGCGCCGCUAUCAGUGGCGCACGGCGCAGCAGAGGGACAAGCUCAUGGUGGACUACCUCCCUGUGCGGGCAUGCUUCGAUGAGCGCAUCAACCUGAAGGACGCGCUGGAUGUCCCCCAGGCCCGCCUCGCGCUCAAGGGCUUCUCGAAGGCGGCUCCGGGGGGCCAGCGGGGCCCCUGCCCUUGGCAGGCCGCUCUGCUGAUGAUUGACCAGGGUCUCGCAUCCCGGAUACCUCGCGCGUGCAUCUUCGGGGCCGCCGUGGCAGCGACCUUAGGCUACCUGCAGCUCGUGGAACUGCUGAGCGUGAUGGUCUGCAACGCCACGCGCCUCCGGCACUCCGCGACGUCGGCCCAACCCCAGGUCUCGAUUGCCCUGGUGCCAGCCGCUCCAUCGGACUGCCCGCCCUCCGUGACCGCGAAGUCCAGCGAGCGCGACGACGCGGUUACCUGCGGCGCAGGCGCGGCAUCGAGACGCCGGGCUGCCCGGCUUCUUCGGGACCCCAAGGCGGCCGCGCCGCCCGCCGGCCCGAUCUUCCCAUUCGCAGCCCGUGAGUUCGAGGUCCUUUUGACAAAGCUAUCUGUUGCUGCUGGUUUGCAGCGGCUGCGGCUGUGCCCCCGCGCUUUGAGGUGCGGGGGCGCGUCGACCGACUUUUCCCUCAGGUGCCGCGCCCUCGCCGAGGCGCAGCGCCAUGGCCGUUGGAAGUGCGGCGCCAUCGUGCGCCGCCACGAGAAGACCG